AAGAGGACGCGGCUGCUGGCAACUUCAGCACCUGGACAGCGACCUUCGCGUCUCUGACAGCCUUUCAAACGCUGUCCGAAAUUAUGUGAUAAUCGCCGACGUCCCGAUCCGCGGCGGAGCUAUGAGGCUGGAGGGGUCCUUCUGAGCAGCCUGGCGUUAAUUUGUCGACGGGGGCUCGAGUGCUGCGGGCUAAUAAAUGAGAAGCGGCAGUGUUGUGUAUUGCUGGUGAGAAGCACAGUGGAGAACUGAAGAUGCUGCAGCUUCCUGGACCAGGGAUAACGCUAUUGCUCUGUUUUUUCAGCCGCAUCAGCAGCUUCAAUGCAGCUCUCCCGGCAUCCCAAAAGUGUGACGAGCCGAUGGCAGCACCUCUCCAGCACAGCUCCUUCACCAGCUCCUCCAUGUUUUCCAGCAGCUAUGCUCCGGGAUACGCCAAACUCAACAAGCGAGGAGGUUCAGGAGGCUGGUCACCACUCGACAGUGACCAUUACCAGUGGCUUCAGGUGGACCUGGGGAUCCGGAAGCAAGUGACAGCCGUAGCAACGCAGGGAAGAUACAGCAGCUCUGAUUGGGUGACCCGAUACCGGCUGCUAUACAGCGACACGGGAACAAACUGGAAGCCUUACCACCAGGAUGGAAAUAUCUGGGCGUUUGUAGGCAACACAAACACCGAGAGCGUAGUCCGGCACGAUUUCCAGCAGGCCGUCGUGGCUCGCUACCUGCGGAUUAUCCCCCUGGACUGGAAUGGAGAAGGACGCAUCGGGCUCCGGUUUGAGAUCUACGGCUGUCCUUACUGGGCUGAUGUUAUUAACUUCGAUGGCCAGGGGGUGAUCUCGUACCGGUUCAGAAAUAAGAAGAUGAAAACCCUGAAGGACGUUAUUGCCCUGAAGUUUAAGACCUCGGAGAGCGAAGGGGUAAUCUUCCACGGAGAGGGACAGCAGGGCGACUACAUUACCCUGGAGCUCCAGAAAGCGAAGCUGGUGCUCUCGUUAAAUCUAGGUAGCAAUCAGUAUGGCUCUAUUUUUGGCCACACGUCGGUGACAAGUGGCAGCCUCCUGGACGAUCAUCACUGGCAUUCUGUGGUUAUCGAGAGAUAUGGGCGCAGCAUCAACCUCACGCUGGACAGACAUGCGCAGCACUUCCGCACCAACGGAGAAUUUGACCACCUUGACUUAGACUAUGAGCUCAGCUUUGGGGGAAUGCCGUUUUCUGGGAAACCCACGUCCAGCAACAGAAAGAAUUUCAAAGGCUGCAUGGAGAGCAUCAACUACAAUGGGAAUAAUAUCACUGACCUUGCCAGGAGAAAGAAGCUAGACACUUCCAAUGUGGGGAAGCUGAAUUUCUCCUGCGUGGAGUCCCACACCGUUCCCGUGUUCUUCAACGCCACCAGCUACCUGCAGCUCCCGGGCCGAGCCGGGCGGGACGUCCUGUCCGUCAGCUUCCAGUUCCGCACGUGGAACCCCAGCGGGCUGCUGCUCUACGUGCCGGUGGAGGACGGGAUGGCGGAGGCGUGCCUGAGCGACGGCAAGGUCGCCCUGCACGUCAACAGCACGCAGAUGAAGAGCUCGCCCAUCGAGAUCGCCUCAGGGUCGGGGCUCAAUGACGGCCAGUGGCACGAUGUACGUUUCCUGGCUAAAGAGAACUUUGUCAUGCUGACCAUCGACAGAGACGAGGCCUCAGCCGUGAGGACAAACACUCCAGUCCAGAUCAAGACGGGAGACAAAUACUACUUUGGAGGCUACUUCCCCCGGGCGCGGAGCAACAGGGCCCUGCCGUCCCAGCGCACUUUCCAGGGGUGCAUGCAGCUGAUCCACGUCGACGACCAGCUAGCCGACCUGCACGCCGUGGAGCAGGGCAGGCUGGGCAGCUUCGAGAACGUCAGUAUCGACAUGUGCGCCAUCAUAGACCGGUGCAUGCCCAAUCACUGUGAACAUGGAGGCAGGUGUUCACAGACAUGGGACAGCUUCAGGUGUAGCUGCGAUGGAACUGGAUACACUGGAGCUACCUGCCACACCUCCAUCUAUGAACAGUCCUGCGAAGCCUACAAGCACCUCGGUAAGACUUCAGAUUCGUACUGGAUCGACCCAGAUGGGAGUGGACCGCUUGGGCCUUUUAAGGUGUACUGUAACAUGACAGAGGACAAGGUGUGGACCACGGUGAGCCACGACCUGCAGCCCCAGACCCCCGUCAGCGGCUCCAGCCAGGACAGGAGGAGAGUCCUGCAGCUCAACUACAGCGCCGCCAUGGAGCAGAUCUCGGCCGUCACCGGCAGCGCCGAGCACUGCGAGCAGCAGGUGUCCUACUCCUGCCGCAUGUCCCGGCUGCUCAAGACCCCCGACGGGGCCCCUUACACUUGGUGGGUUGGCAAGUCCAACGAGAAGCAUUUCUACUGGGGUGGCUCCAGCCCCGGCAUCCAGAAGUGUGCCUGUGGGAUUGAGCGGAACUGCACCGACCCCAAGUACUACUGCAACUGUGACGCCGACCAGAAGCAGUGGAGGGAGGACGCUGGUCUCUUGGUGUACAAGGACCACCUGCCCGUCAGCCAGCUGGUAGUUGGCGAUACAAACAGACCAGGCUCCGAGGCCAAGCUGACUGUUGGACCACUGCGCUGUCAAGGAGACCGUAACUACUGGAAUGCAGCGUCUUUCAACACACCAUCUUCGUACCUCCACUUCUCCACCUUUCAAGGGGAGACCAGCGCUGACAUCUCCUUCUAUUUCAAGACCUCAGCUCCUUACGGCGUCUUCCUGGAAAACCUCGGCAACACCGAUUUCAUUCGCCUGGAAUUGAAAUCCCCCACGGUGGUGUCUUUCUCCUUUGACGUGGGGAACGGGCCAGUGGGGCUCACGGUCAGGUCGCCCACGCCGCUCAACGAUGACCAGUGGCACCGGGUCAGCGCCGAGCGCAACGUCAAGCAGGCCGUCCUGCAGCUGGACCAGCUGUACAAGGAGGUCCGCCAGGCGCCGCCGCAGGGACACACCAGGCUGGAGCUGUACAGCCAGCUUUACGUCGGUGCCGCAGGAGGACAGAAGGGUUUCCUGGGAUGUAUCCGUUCUUUGAAAAUGAAUGGCGUGACCCUUGACCUGGAGGAGAGGGCGAAGGUCACCCCAGGCGUCAAGCCUGGCUGCUCGGGACACUGCACCAGCUACGGGAUGUACUGUCGGAACGGAGGGAAGUGUGUGGAGAAAUACAACGGCUACUCCUGUGACUGCUCCUCGACAGCGCAUGACGGACCCUUCUGCACCAAAGACGUGGGCGGCUUCUUCGAGGCCGGAACGCUGGUGAAGUACAGCUUCCAGAGGGACGCUGCGGCGGGCCAGGACGGCAAGGCCGCCCCCCAGAGCAUGCCCACCGAGCUCAACCUCACCAGAGAGGACCUGGCUCUCAGCUUCAGCACCACCAACACCCCCUGCAUUCUCGUGUACAUCAGCUCCAAGACCCAGGACUACAUGGCCGUCGUGCUGCGCCACAAUGGAACUCUGCAGAUCCGCUACAACCUGGGCGGCUUGAGGGAGCCUUUCAAGAUUGAUGUGGACCACAGAAACAUGGCCAACGGACAGCCCCACAGCGUGAACAUCUCGCGGGAGGAGAGAACCAUACAGCUGCAGCUUGAUCACUACCCUCCGGUGAGCUACACUCUGCCUGAGGCCUCCGACGUCCACUUCAACCUAAUCAAGACACUGUUCCUGGGCAAAGUGUUUGAGACGGGCCAGAUCGACCCGGUCCUGAUUGAGAAGUACAACACUCCGGGGUUUGUGGGCUGCCUGUCCCGGGUGCAGUUCAACCGCGUCGCUCCCCUCAAAGCUGCGCUGAGGUCCCGCGGCAGCCUGCCGGUGUCGGUUCAAGGAAAGCUGGUGGAGUCCAACUGUGGGGCCUCCCCUCUCACCAUCCCUCCAAUGUCUGCCGCCACCGACCCCUGGCACCUGGACUCGGCCAGCGCCGAUUUUCCUUUUAAUGAAGAAAGGGUGAUACCAGAUGGAGUCAACAGAAACUCUGCCAUCAUUGGAGGGGUCAUCGCGGUGGUCAUCUUCACCAUCCUGUGCACGCUGGUGUUCCUGAUCCGCUACAUGUUCCGCCACAAGGGCACCUACCACACCAACGAGGCCAAGGGCGCCGAGUCCGCUGACAACGCCGACGCUGCCAUCAUCGGCCACGACCCCAACUUCACCGAGACCAUCGACGAGAGCAAGAAAGAGUGGUUCAUCUAGCGGGACAGCAGCAGGGCGGUGUGGGUGGGAGGGGUGGGUGGGGUGGCAGGGUCUAUCACAGCGCUGCCAGGGCCAGUUGGGGAAGAUCGGGAAGGAGAAAGAGCAACCGGAGGCGACUGAAGACGAACUGCGCAUUGUGACUGGCUUGUCUCUAACCGUAUUUACGUUGUGUUUGAGAGUUUGAGGAGUCCUUUGAAUAUUUAAGCACUGAAAAUCUGGAGGCUUACCAUUCUGGACGUGUUUUUUUUUUUUUUUUCAAGCUGAGAAAGGAAUUGAACCAACAGUGAAACAGAGUCGUCAGCCAAUUCCUCAAUUGGUCACCUUUUUCUAAAGGGAAAGACAAACCGAUUUUUGCAUCUUUAUGGACUGCCAGCACUUAAGCAAAUUUCGUCCUUAAGCUUCCAAACUUAGUAUUCCGUACAUUCAAGAGAAAAGUGUUUAAAAAAACAAUGUAUGCCAAAUGCCCUGUGUAAAUAUUUUUAUUUAAAACAUAAUACAUGUAUAAAAUAGAGAUUUACUUUACAAAAAAUGACAUUUAGAUUGUAUUUUAUAGGGUGUUGCAGUCAUGACUGAGAGAAGGUCACUGGCAUGCUACAGAAAUUUGAAAGCGUUCAAUGCACCGUUUCUUUCUUUUGGACUCCAUACGAUUCUGUAUUUUCAGCGGCCAAAAACUCCAAUUUUUUUGUACCCUCUCUUGUGGAAUCAUUACUGUUGGGCUCUGAAAGGCGCAGAAGAGCAGUAAGCGCAGCUUUUGGUGUUUGUUUUCUCUCGCUCUCUAUCUCGGCGCAAUUCGAAGAAUUUUACGGCCGGUUAUUCUUCCACAUGAGAAUCUGGGCAGAGGGGGGGAGUCUGCAAACCGCAGAGUGAAUUCUCCAUGAAACGUUGUCCUGCACCGUACACGUCUACAGAGGAAGUUUUGUUGCGAGAACUUGGCUCAUUCCAAGGGGCCUCCCAGCCUUUCAUUUUGUGUGACUUCUCACUGUACAGAUAUGAGGGUCUAAGAAGACCUCAGAAUAAUUCCGUUAGAAGGACACCUUGGAAUCAAGAAAUACGUGUACUUUUAUUUUACAAAUUGCAUGCAAACAAAUGCAAUAUGAAGAUCUACUAGUGCUCACAAGCCACUACAGUCCAUUACUCUUCUAUCCUUGCCUAAUUAUAAUAACCACUUAGUGAAAGAAAUUCAAUGUUGAACCUUUUAUCUUUUUUUAACAAUCUUAUUUGAUUCUAAAAAAAAUAUUCCUUUCGACCCGUACUGCUUCAAUUGCGGUCUGCUGUCAAGUUACCGGCUUCCUUGGCUUUAUUUGAAGUUUUAUUCAGGGGUGGCUCUUUCUUGAUAGGUUGAUAAGAACAUUUUGAUGUUUUUUUUAGUCUGAUAAUCACCUGCACUGAAUCCCGACUGCGACAGCUUGGCUUUCAGUGCAAACAGGCACUCCGCACGUGUCUGGUCGAUUAAAUGCCGAGUUACAUGUAACUCUUAGCUUCCGUUUUAAAUUUGACAUUGUAAAAAAUAAAACACUUGUUCUCCAUG